AUGGCAAGCUCCGACCCGCGUAAGCGGCCGACUCGACCCGGCCCAUGGACACCCGCAACGGAGAUGGCUGCAAUGCCACCGUCUUCCUGGGCCAAGCGCACCGGAUUCCACCCCAAAUUCUCCGGAGAGGCCAAUGACAGUAACUCGGGCCAAAUUACGUCCCAACCCCCACACCCACUCCCACUCCCACCCAAGUCCAGGGAAGUUGACACGACACCUGACCUUGAAGCGGGCCGCCCGACGCUCGGUACGUCAUCCAAUGGGGAGCCCGCCAUUGGGAAGCCUCCUGCGAGUAAGGAGAAAGAGGAGAGGAAAAAGGAGCUGAAGCCGCCAGUGAAGAAGCGGAGGGACUCAAAUGGAGACAAGAAUUCCAGAGAGAAUGUGCAGCCGGCAAUGGCUCCUAUAGCUGAGGAGGGGAGCCGGAGGCCAGUGAGGAACCAGGAUGGGGAUGUACUGGAUGUGCUGCAGCGGAGGACUGUGGGAGAUGAUGAUGGGUUCGUGUCGAGGCAUACAAAUAUGAAGUAUGAGCUUAGAGAUACUCCUGGUCUCGUUCCGGUUGGUCUGUAUGGAUUUCAGCAUUACCUGUCAAUGUUGGGUUCGUUGAUACUAAUUCCGCUGGUUAUAGUUCCUGCAAUGGGUGGCACUUAUGAGGAUACAGCAAAUGUCAUUUCCACCGCGCUAUUUAUGUCGGGAGUUACAACAGUUUUGCACACAUCGUUUGGAUCGAGAUUGCCCUUGAUACAGGGCCCUUCUUUUGUUUAUCUUGCUCCAGCACUUGCUAUAAUUAACUCACCCGAAUUUUUGCAACUGAAUGGAAAUAAUUUCAAGCAUAUAAUGAAAGAGCUACAGGGAGCUGUAAUUAUUGGUUCUGUUUUUCAAGCAUUCUUGGGAUACAGUGGACUGAUGAGAAUACUGCUAAGGGUAAUUAAUCCAGUGGUUGUGUCCCCUACUAUUGCUGCUGUUGGACUUUCUUUCUACAGUUAUGGUUUCCCACGAGUUGGUGCCUGCAUUGAACUUGGUGCAAUGCAGAUAUUAUUGGUUGUUAUUUUUUCCCUUUACCUUCGCAAAGUAUCAGUAUUGGAUCAUCGUGUAUUUCUAAUUUAUGCAGUCCCACUAGGUCUUGCCAUUACAUGGGGUAUGGCCUUCCUUCUGACUGAAGCUGGAGUAUAUAACUAUAAAGGUUGUGAUGUGAAUGUGCCUGCCUCAAAUAUAAUAUCUGACCACUGCAGAAAGCAUGUUUCGAGGAUGAAAUACUGUCGAGUUGAUACUUCUGAUGCAUUGAGAUCAUCUCCAUGGUUUAGAUUUCCUUACCCUCUACAAUGGGGUAUGCCUGUCUUUCACUGGAAGAUGGCCCUUGUGAUGUGUGUGGUGUCUAUAAUUUCAUCAGUAGAUUCAGUUGGUUCGUAUCACGCGUCAUCAUUAUUGGUUGCAUCUAGACCUCCAACACCAGGCGUUGUAAGUCGAGGAAUCGGUCUUGAAGGUCUUUCUAGCCUCUUGGCUGGUCUGUGGGGUACUGGAACUGGCUCCUCAACUUUGACCGAGAAUGUACAUACGAUUGCUGUUACUAAAAUGGGAAGUCGCAGAGCAGUUGAGUUGGGCGCGUGCAUUUUAAUUAUCCUAUCCUUUAUAGGUAAAGUCGGGGGUUUUAUUGCAUCAAUACCUGAAGUCAUGGUAGCAGCUCUCUUGUGCUUUACGUGGGCAAUGCUUACAGCAUUGGGGUUGUCAAAUUUACGAUAUAGUGAGGCAGGGAGUUCAAGGAAUAUUAUAAUCAUUGGCUUGUCUUUAUUCUUUUCCCUUUCAAUACCAGCUUAUUUUCAGCAGUAUGGCAUUUCUCCAAACACAAACUUGUCCGUUCCGAGUUACUUCCAGCCAUAUAUUGUGGCUUCGCAUGGUCCUAUACGAACCAAAUUCGGAGGGCUAAAUUAUGUGCUGAAUACAUUGUUGUCCUUUAACAUGGUGAUUGCAUUCUUAGUAGCUGUUAUACUCGACAACACAGUUCCAGGCAGUCGACAGGAACGUGGUGUAUAUGUCUGGUCUGAACCUGAGGCAGCUAGAAGAGAGCCUGCUGUAUGCAAAGACUACGAAUUGCCAUACAGAGUCGGCAAAGUAUUCAAGUGGGUAAAAUGGGUCGGGAUGUAA